AUGGGCAAAUUCAUGAAAUCUGGGAAAGUGGUGCUGGUCCUAGCUGGACGCUACUCCGGACACAAAGCCGUCAUCAACAUUGUUAAUGGCACCUCAGACCACCCCUACAGCCAUACUCUGGUGGCUGGAAUUGACCGCUAUCUCUGCAAAGUGACAGCUGCCAUGGGCAAGAAGAAGAUUGCCGAGCGAUCAAAGAUUAAGUCUUUUGUAAAAGUUUAUAACUACAAUCCCCUCAUGCCCACAAGGUACUCUGUGGAUAUUCCCUUGGACAAAACUGUUGUCAACAAGGAUGUCUUCAGAGACUCUGCUCUUAAACGCAAAGCCCAACAGGAGGCCAAGGUCAAGUUUGAAGAGAGGUACAAGAUGGGCAAGAAUAAGUAG